AUGGAGCAAGCUCGUGUGCACGUAAAGGGCAAACAUCGAAGCUCGCGAUCUGGAUCAAGUUCUCGUAGAGUAUCCAACAGUAGCGGUCACCACAGUCGUGUCGAGUUAGAGCAAACCCCUAGCAACUCAAGGGAGGAACUCGAUGAACUGUCUAAAAAUAGAACACAUUCUGUAAGGGGCCAUUCGCGUGCUGAGGAAAAUGCGGACAGUGGCAGUACGACAACGAAUGCCAGCACGAAAACCACCAAUAAUAAGAACAACAACAAUAACGAUGAUGCAACUGAUAAUAACCAACCUGUUUCCGACCAGCCCGUGGAAAGUGCGCCUAUCGAAGUGCCUGUUCCCGCUGGUACGGACGACAAGUUGCAGAAGGGCAUUCUCGGUUAUAUGGACCGUCAGCUGAAGGUGCAAUCACUGUCGGACCCACAGAAAAGUCCAGCCCAGAGGAGCAUCCGCAGUAGAAGCAGCCUAGAGAAAAGCCCACGCCGAAAGCGCAGUAAAUCCGAAUCCCGUAGGCGACGGGAGCGGAAAAUCAUUGCGGCCGGAGAAAUGGAAGUACGACAGGCCAACGAAACCCUGAUGCGAUAUCUGAAGCAGUGCUCGGAUUUCAAUGAUGCGUCCCUUUCCGGUGAUUUGGAAAUACCGGAGAACCUAGAGGACAGGCGGGUACACCGAAAGACCAAAUCCCAGCGAGAGCGGAAGCAUCAGCAGCAGAAUGCACCGAAAACUGGAGGAAGCGACACGGGCAACUAUCAUGGCGAAAUAUACAAUCCCUUCACACCGGUCGUUUCACCCACGACGGAAGGCGCUCCGACCAGAAUCGACAAGAUGUACAUACAGACGGCCAGCGGAUAUAGACCAGUAGACAAUACGUACCAUCACAAUCACCAUCACCAUUCGCAGCAUCAUCACCCUCAUAAUCUUAGGACCCGAGUGGGUGGUGAUCCUGAAAGCAAUAACUACACAAUAAGCACAGCAGUGCAUCUGUCGUGUGCAGUGCAGCGAAUAUGGUUGCAUAUUGCCUCCGUUUGCCAUGGCCUGUUGGGAGGACUUGCACUGGCCCACCUGCUGCUGAUCUGUACGACCCGGCCGUACGACUGGGUCGAAGCUUCCAUUCGGCACUAUUCGGCAUUUGCGGAAGUGUAUGCCAACACAUUCUACUGCUUGGCUAUCGUCUGUAUGGUUUCAAUAUUUGAUAGGGUGGACAUAGCACACUUCAGCCUGUCCAGUGGUGGAGAUAACAACAACAACGUUUCCUUCCGGUCGGUGAUAAUCAUCAUGACCUAUGCAGCAACGAUCAUCCUCAGUCUGUCGGCUGGCUCGAUGGACGAACGCCUUUACCUGUCUGCCUCGAAUGUUACGGUGUGGGAGGAAGAGUUGGAAACGAACAAAGUAUUAAGUAUCUGGAAUACACUGUCAAUAUCCCGCAGCAUCGGUGCAAUUUUCGGAUGGGUUGUGAUUGGAAUGUCACCGGAUCAGAACCAGCUGUAUGAUCACCUGCUAGAGAUGGAGAAAUAUCAACUGCACUAA